AUGGGCUCCCAACAGCCCGAACGCUUUGAUGUCAAGAAGGUUGCCAUCAUCGGCGCCGGCCCUUGUGGGCUUGCAGCGGCCAAAUACUUGCUCGCUCAAAAGACCUUUCAUAAAAUCGACAUUUUUGAGCAGCAGGCCGAAGUCGGCGGGGUAUGGAAUUACAGUCCUAAGCCUUCGGGGACGGUGCAUGUCCCUCAAACGAGCCCCUAUUGUCCUCCGGACCCGCCUCUGCCGCGCGAAGGAGAAGAGGCGCCCGUCUUCCCCUCGCCUAUGUACGAAGUCCUGCACACCAACAUUCCUCGGGAUUUGAUGAAAUACUCGGAUCUUCCGAUGAAAGAGGACACGCUCAUUUUCCCUUCUCGGCAAGAUAUUCAGGAGUAUGUAGUUGAAUACGCCAAAGAAAUCCGGCACCUCAUACAGUUCUCGACACAAGUGAAGGACGUUCACUUGAGGGUGGUUGACGGGAAAGACCAGUGGGAUGUGGACACGGCGUGCCUCCUCACGGGCAAGACGACGAGCGCAACAUACGAUGCCGUCGUCGUCGUAUCGGGCCAUUACACUGCGGUUUACAUCCCCGACACCAAGGGAGCAGGAAAAUUCCACAAGGCACACCCCGGUGUUAUCUCUCACUCCAAACACUACAGGACUGCAGAACAAUUUACUGGUAAAAAGGUGGUCGUUGUUGGGAAUGCCGCAUCAGGGCUCGAUAUCGCAGCGCAGAUCAACCGUGUCUGUAAGAAACCGCUGCUGCUCUCGGUGCGAUCGCCCACAUCGCAAGCCAAUCUGGAUUAUUGCGGUGCCGAAGAGGUUCCUGUUAUCGAGGAGUUCUUGCCGGAAGGACGAGGUGUCCGAUUCCAGGACGGGAGAAUCGAAAAAGAUAUCGACGCCAUCAUCUACGCCACUGGGUACCUCUUUGCCUUCCCGUUCCUCCGCUCUCUCGAACCACCGGUGGUAACACAAGGGACCCGAGUGCACAACACGUACCAACACUUAUUCCAUAUUGAUCACCCAACACUGGUAUUCACCAGACUGCCGGUCAAGGUAAUUCCGUUUGCGCUCUCUGAAAGCCAGGCGGCGGUGUUCUCGAGAACAUGGGCGAAUCUCUUGCCGCUGCCGUCGGUGAAGGAGAUGAGGCAAUGGGAAGCUGAGGAGGCGGAGAGGCAGGGGCCCAAAUUUCACGUUUGGCCGGAGGGCGCUGAUGGCGAAUAUAUCAAUCAGACUUAUGACUGGAUCAAACGCUCAGGGACGCCGGGAAAAGAACCGCCGCAUUGGAGUCCGGAGUUGCUCUGGCAAAGGCAGAUUUAUGCCAAGGCCAAGUUGCAGUUUGAAGUGCAAGGGAGGAAAGCCAGAUCUCUCGAAGAGCUAGGUUUUGGAUAUUCGCCAGACCAAGAUGGGAGCUAA